AUGGAGGAGAGUGAUUCCGUUCAUUUCUUCCUAAUUGCCGCGAAAAACGACCCAGAAGAUGCGAACUCAUUGACGAGUUCGAUCUGCUCUCCGCUCACUUUUACUCCCGUUCCUGGUCUCGAAAAGCAUAAAACGAUGGAACACUCCGAGGAUUUCAAUCAUCACAAUGCUCCAAUGAAAGGCAUGUUAUCAACUAUCAAAGUAAAAGAAGGAGAUCAUGUAACUGUCGGUCAGCCGUUAUUCACAGUAACAACAAUGAAAAUGGAGACUACCAUCAAGAGCAAGAUGGCAGGCACAGUUAAAAGUGUUAAGCAUGCGGAAGGAGCCACCGUAGAAAAAGGUGACCCUGUGGUGCUAGUAGACUCAAAUUGA